AACAAAUAGCUAUAACCAAUUGAAAAUUUUGCACAUAUGGAAAUUAUUGAACAUUAAAACUCGAACGCCAGAAAGAAAGCAAAAUUUAAAAUAUAUUUUUGUUUAACCUCAAUUUUUCUAUUUAAACAAUAAAAACAAUGGCUAGUAUACAUAUUUUAGCAGAUGGAUAUUCCAGAAUUUUGGAAGGAAAAAUGGAAGCCAAUUGUAGUUGUGUGCUCGUUAAAGGCGAAGAUAAUAUCAUUGUCGAUACAAUGACAGCUUGGGAUGGGCACUAUAUUCUACAAGCCUUGAGAAAGUGUAAUUUAACAACAGAUGACAUCAAUUGGGUUGUAUGCACGCACGGGCAUUCUGAUCAUACUGGGAAUAAUAAUUUGUUCUUAAAGGCUAAACAUAUUGUUGGCUUCAGUUUGAAUCAAAAAAAUGUAUUUCUCGAAACAGAACUUCUAAAAGGAAAUGAAUUUGUUAUAAAUAAACAUGUUCGAGUUCUUCCAACACCUGGACAUACAUUAACUGAUGUCUCAGUUUUAGUCACUACACCUGAUAAAAAUAUAGUUGCAAUUAGUGGUGAUUUAUUUGAAAAAGAAGAAGACAUUAAUGAUCCUUCAAUAUGGCGGGAGAUUGCCGGAAGUGAAGCACCUGAAUUACAAAUAAUAAAUCGUAGUAAAAUUGCUGAGAUUGCGAGUUUUAUUAUACCAGGCCAUGGACCAUAUUUUAAAGUUACUGAUGAAAUGCGUUCAAAAUUAAAGGAACAAUUAACACCACCCUGUGAACAAUGUAGUACUUCACCUGAUGUGAAAUUACCUGAAAAAUCUGCUGGAGAAUAUCCUCAAAAAGAUAUUGAAACAAUUGCUGUUUAAAAAUUUAUUCUAUAAAUCUGUAUAUAUAUUGUCCUGAUAAUUUAAAGGGUAAAAACACACUAUGUAAACAAAAUUAUUUGAAUACAAAAUUCU